AUGUUGCGCUUCUUGUGUUUCUUAUACAUCACAGCUGCUCUGGCCGCGCCUUCGAAUAAGCGCCACGCCAAGCAGACAACGGAUGCACCUAUGAUGUCUCAUGCAGAUGCGCAGUGUGCUUAUCGACUCAUGGAGGCUAUGUGUCCUUACCCAGACGAGGCUAUGUCACGCUCCGCACCACAUGCCUGGGAGGUUUGUGCUGCAUUAGGCCGCGCCACCUCUCUCAGCUCAGCCUGUGUUUUCACGCAUAUGGUCAUUUUGAUUUCGCUGACGUUGAAUGCAUUGCAGACUCGUUACGGUGGCAUCCUUGGAAAGUUCCCUAACUUGCUCAUGUUGCAACACGGAGCACCAGGUGAAGGCAAGAGCGUGGCCUUGUGGCUUGUCUUCCAAAUACUCUACUACUUCGACGACACUCGCACGAAGCGUAAGCUGAAAGAGUGGAGCACAAGCAAAGAUCAACAUCGUCUGGCGGUGCUGGCUGGCGAGCAGGAUGAGAAAGACGCCCCUCCCAAACCCGAACAUGCUGACUCUGUCCACAACAAAGGCACCUUCCUGGGCAUGGGGGCCACCUUGGAAAAGCAAGGAGCUCGCGGCUACUUGGGCUUGCAUGAAGGAAGGAGCUGGCUCAGUGAUGCUGCGGACAAUAAGCCUGGAGGAAGCUUCGAAGACCUGAACCAGAUCAUGGACCACGAUCUCUACAAGAACAACCCUGCAUCAGGAACCAAGUUCUACGUCAAGAAUCCUCACUUGGUUGGGAGCAUCCUCCUGCACCUGCCGGAGCUGGUCAAGCAGUCAACUUUGCCAGAUUCAGUUGCCGGUUUGUCACGUUUCCUGGUCGCGCACUUCAAAGCCGUGACACACAAAAUCCUGCCGGACAAGUCUGCUGAUGAGCUGCGCCAGAUGCUCACCGAAGACCCGGAUUACUUCAAUGAUCUUGCGUAUGACGACGUGGUACAG